UCCCGCUGCUCCCUCUCCUGUCAUUUCACCCAUUUGCCUCCUGACUUUUUCUCCAAACCAAGUUCAUCCGCGCCAAGGUGGCAACAGGUUACCCUGCCCCGGUGCCAGCCGUGGGGAAUCUGCCGAAGCCGCCCCGUGUAUCCCAAGCUGCCCUGUUAUCCAGUCACCAUCCCUGAGCAUCAGGACCACUUCUGAUGGCUGUGGCCUCUGCCGCCCCAGGGAGCAUCUUCUGGAAGCAGCUCCUAUUCUCUCUCCUGGUUUUAAUAUUAUUUUGCGAUGCUUGUCAGAAAAUUUCCCUUCAAGUUCCUUCUCAUCUUCGGGCUGAAGCACUUGUAGGCAAAGUGAAUCUGAAGGAGUGUCUCCAGUCGGCCAGCCUAAUCCAGUCAAAUGAUCCUGACUUCAGGAUUCUAGAAGAUGGCUCCAUUUACACAACACAUGACCUUGUUUUGUCUUCUGAAAAGAAGAGUUUUUCCAUUUUGCUCACAGACAGUCAGGGACAGGGGCAGAAGGAGAUAGAAAUCAUACUGGAAGCAGGAGGAAAGAAGAUUCCUAAGAGACAUAUGAAAGACACAGUCCUCAGGCGAAGCAAGAGGCGAUGGGCGCCUAUUCCGUGCUCACUGAUGGAGAACUCACUAGGGCCAUUUCCACAGCACGUGCAGCAGGUUCAAUCUGAUGCUGCACAAAACUACACCAUCUUUUACUCCAUAAGUGGACCAGGGGUCGACAAAGAGCCUUUCAAUCUGUUCUUCAUAGAUAAAGAUACAGGGGAUAUAUUUUGUACAAGAAGCAUAGACCGUGAGCAAUAUCAAGAGUUUCCGAUCUAUGCCUAUGCGACCACUGCAGAUGGUUAUGCACCUGAGUACCCACUUCCCCUGGUAUUCAAAGUUGAAGAUGACAAUGAUAAUGCCCCAUAUUUUGAAAGCAAAGUGACUGUCUUUACUGUGCCUGAGAAUUGCCGAACUGGAACUUCAGUGGGAAAAGUGACUGCAAUAGACCUCGAUGAACCUGACACUCUACAUACUCGUCUGAGAUACAAAAUCUUGCAGCAAAUUCCAAACAAUCCAAGACAUUUCACCGUACAUCCAGACACAGGUGUCAUCACCACAACUACACCUUUACUGGAUAGAGAAAAAUGUGAUACGUACAAGUUAAUAAUGGAAGUUCGAGACAUGGGGGGCCAACCUUUUGGUUUAUUUAAUACAGGAACAAUUACUAUUUCUCUUGAGGAUGAAAAUGAUAAUGCACCAUAUUUUACAGAAACUUCUUAUACUGUAGAAGUAGAAGAAAACAGAAUUGACGUUGAGAUUUUACGAAUGGCGGUACAUGACCAUGAUUUGCCAAACACGCCUCACUCAAGGGCUGUGUACCAGAUCCUACAGGGAAAUGAAAACGGAACCUUCAAAAUUAGUACAGACCCAAACACAAAUGAAGCAGUCCUGUGUGUUGUCAAGCCACUGAACUAUGAAGUCAAUCGCCAAGUUGUUUUGAAAAUUGGUGUACUAAACGAAGCACAAUUCGCUAAAGCAGUAAACUCAAAAACUACUACAACUAUGUGUACUACAACUGUCACUGUUAAAGUUAUAAACAUUCAUGAGGGCCCUGAAUGCCAGCCACCAGUGAAAGUUGUUCAGAGUGAAGAUUGCCUCCCCUCGGGCACAGAACUCCUUGGAUACAAAGCAGUGGACCCAGAAGGGGGCACUGGCGAGAACUUCAGGUAUAAGAAGAUAAGAGAUGAAGAUAACUGGUUUGAAAUUAAUGAAUAUACUGGUGACUUGAAAACCGUAAAAGUGCUAGAUAGAGAAUCAACAUUUGUAAAAAACAACCAAUACAAUGUUUCUGUGAUUGCAUUCGAUGCAGAUGGCAGAUCUUGCACCGGAACGUUAGUAGUUCUUUUGGAAGAUAAAAAUGACCACCCACCGCAGAUAAAAGAAAAAGAACUGACAAUUUGCCGGCAUGAUAAGGAUUUUGCUGUUCUCGAACCUAUAGAUCAAGACGGACCUGACAAUGGACCACCUUUUCAAUUCAUUCUCGAUAAUUCUGCCAGCAAACUUUGGACAGUAGAGACAAGGGAUGGUAAAACUGCCAUUCUUCGGGGGCAGCAAGAUCUUGAUUAUAACUAUUACACUGUUCCUAUCCAAAUAAAAGACAGACAUGGAGCUUCUGCAACAGAAAUGUUAUCAGUGAGAGUAUGUGAUUGUACAAUUCCAUCUGAAUGUAGAAUGCCUACUAAACUUCCGAGAGAUGCGACACUAGCAAAUGUAUUCCUUGGAAAAUGGGCUAUUCUUGCCAUGGUGUUGGGUUCUGUAUUGUUGUUAUGUAUUUUGUUCACAUGUUUCUGUGUUACUGUUAAGAAAACAGUAAAGAAGUGUUUUCCAGAAGAUGUAGCACAGCAAAAUUUAAUUGUAUCAAAUACUGAAGGACCUGGAGAAGAAGUGAUGGAUGCAAAUAUUAGACUCGCCACACAGACAUCCAACGUUUGUGACACAAACAUGUCUGUUGGCACCCUUGGCGGCCAGGGAGUCAAAACACAGCAAAGUUUUGAGAUGGUCAAAGGUGGUUACACUUUGGAUGCCAACAAAGGAGGUGGACAUCAGACCCUGGAAUCUGUUAAGGGAGUGACGGACACUGGCAGAUACACAUACAGUGACUGGCACAACUUCACCCAACCUCGGCUUGGCGAAAAGGUGUAUCUGUGCGGACAAGAAGAGGAACACAAGCUCUGCGAAGACUACGUUCGCUCCUAUAACUAUGAAGGGAAAGGGUCUGUGGCCGGCUCCGUGGGCUGCUGCAGCGAUCGGCAGGAAGAAGAGGGGCUUGACUUCCUAGAUCAUCUGGAACCCAAAUUUAGGACGCUAGCGAAGACAUGUGUAAAGAAAUAAAUGUGCCUUUUAAUAGCAUAACAUCUACGAGCGCAUAUGUAGGAGGUUAUUGAAUGUAAAACAAUAGCAGUAUCUGGCAAAAUACUUGUUUAUGGAGGUAAACUUCCAGUCGUAUAUAGAUACGGAUCCUAUGAACAUGAAGCUACCUUAAAUUCUCCUUGUCUGAGAUAACUUUUGUCUUCUCUAGAAAUCAGUGUUUCAUUUGUUAUUUUCCUUUUCUAUGCAUGUACAUUUUCUUGCCCUUUCCAGGACUGCACUGUGCGCUUUCUUGCACCUUCUGUUUGAAAACUUAUGUUACUUGGUAUGCUCUGAAAGAGUAUGUGAGGGAGUUAGGGAUUGUGGAGAUUAAAGAAAAAUGCAUUGUUAUUUUAGAUGAAAAUGAAAUAUUCUCUUCAGAAUCUUGGGGACAAUUAUGCUUUUAGAAGUAUUGUCUUUGGUGCUGCAGAAUUGCUUCCUUUAUCUGAAUGGCUCUGUGCUGAAGAAUUUUUUAAUGCAUUCUCUGAUGCAGUCUUCGAUUUGGUGAAUAAGAGCUCAUCUUUCAUUGUGUUUUCACCCUGUGGAGGUGCUCCCAGCUUGCUCCUGGGAUCUCUGUUGAUGUGGAUGCAUGAUCAGGUUCCUACAGGUUCUAGAAUUGUUGGAAAGAUGUGGACCAGAAGAGGCUCACAGCAAUUUGAGUCACUGAGAUUUUUUAAAAAUAGCAUUUCCAUGAAAGAAUUGCAGCCUUAAUGCCCAUGGGUUGACUGAAAAACCCAAAUCUGUUUUGUUAGUCCACCAUGAUGUAUUAUUACCUUUUAAAAAUGUAAAUACCUUGGUAAGGACAUGUUCUUUCUAGUUUGACACCAUCCCACUAUCCUCAAGCAUUUGAGUAACUAGACCAGUAGGCAUUAGGCUUACAACCUUGAUAGCCCUUUGAAUAUGCUAAACACUGAAUGACUAUCCAUGCUGGAAUGGAUACUCAGGCUACAUAGGUAAUCACUUUCAGAAAAUGUUAAAUAAGAAAAAGUGUCUGGCAUAUAUAUGUUAAAAAACUGAAAUGUGUUAACUCAAUUCUUACCAAACAUUUGUUGAGUGAUGCUGGAUAAAAGAAUGAAAACAUGAGUUAAUGAGCUAUUUUGAAUACAGAGCAUUUUAGUAAGAUAUUCUAUUUUAUUAAUUUAGAAAAAACCCACAUAUUUAAAUAAUAUUUUAAUAGUUUUUUGUGCCAAAUGCUGUAGAUUCGUAAAACAUUAACAGUAUAUAUCACAAGGAAAUUUUUCAUUCAGACAAAAAAGUUUUUUUCAUCUUUUAGCUACUUAACCUUCAAAAAAAAUGAGUGACUAAUUUUCUUAAAUUUUGUGAAUUCCUCUUCUUAGUCACAGGAUCUAAAUAAAGAUGUUUCUUGAAAUUGAACAAUAGAGCAGAAUAAAUAAAUAGCUUUAGUAAGUAAAAUUUUUAUUUUAUAAGGUGUCCUCUAUGUAUUAUUUUUAUGGCCAUUGUCAGUAAAAUAAUUUUGGAGAGUAAUGCAGCUUCUGAAUAUCUGUUAUCUGAUGUACAUGUUAUUCUGACAAUGAUGCUAGUUUUGAAAUUUUCUAAUAUUAAAAUUUUGGAAAUAUAUCAUAAUAAUGUUCUAAGUCAUAUUUUUGAACAUAGAUGCAGAAUGUUUGCUGAGCAAUUAAAAAUCAUUAGUUGAACACUAGCUUACAUGUUUGCUUAUGUCUUUGUAUUUCUUAAAUUAAGUGUGAAAGAGAAAAUUUGAAUCUGAACAUAAAGUACAAAUAAAGGCCAAAGGCUGAUUUCUCAAAUCAACAAGAGAAGAUACUUUACAACUAUGACCAGAAUUAUUAGAAAGUAUAGGAAAUGAAUUCGUAUUAAGAAAUUUUGACUAUUUUAAGAUGUUUCAAAAUAUCAUUAAAAUUUAUCUCAUAGAAGAACUAUGAUGUCUUUUGAUUUACUUAGGAAUUUCGAAGUCAUUCUCUAUUUACACUCAAAAUUAAAUGUUAAUUGUAUGAUUAAUGAAAUUUAUGAAACUCUG